AUUAUAGAGAGUCGUUAAGCUAUAUAAUAUUGAUGAAAAGUUCUUCUGUGGACUUGUCGACGACCACCAAGUCACCAGACGAUACGAGUGACUUGGGUAAGGUUGAACCCAUCCAGUCGUUCAAGGAUAAUAAACCCACGACCAACAAGAACGAUAGCGCUAUAGGAGAGCGUCAUAAAGCGUCUGCUAACUUUUAUGCUGGUGCGUUUUCUGGCUUAGUAUCUACGUUAUGUUUGCAACCUCUUGACGUGGUUAAGACUCGAAUGCAGCAAGGUUCUCAAUAUAUUGUGAGUCCAAGUGUUACUUUGCAACGAGUGUUGUCUCCAAGGAACCCUCUUUCUGUAGCAGCCAGUAUAGUUGCUAAUACGGGUAUAUUGAGUUUAUGGAGAGGAACUUCUCCUACCAUAAUUCGUAACUGUUUAGGUGUUGGUAUUUACUUUGUUUCCUUAAACGCCAUAACGAACUUGAUGCAGUCUGAUGACCCAGAGACCCAUAUGCCAGCUUGGAAAACUUUGUUAGCUGGAGGGCUUUCGCGUUCACUUUCAGCCGUUCUUCUUUGUCCUUUAUCUGUGUUGAAAACCAGGUUUGAAGCUCAAGUUAUCGAUCAAAACCGCGGAAUUAUCAAAGCACUUGUAGAAAUAUACAAAAAGGAACGUCUUCGUGGUCUCUUUAGUGGACUUGUACCUACUAUUGUGAGAGACGCUCCAUAUUCUGCAAGUUAUUUUCUUAUAUAUUUAAGAGUUCGUGAAGGUCUUUCUUCGAUAGUGAAUGGAACUUAUUUUUCACAUCUAUCGAUGACAAAAACAAACAUUUCCUCUUCACCUUCAGAAUAUCAUAUGAUAACUAUGUCAGUUAGUUUCGUAGCAGGUUUAAUAGGGGGUUUCGCAGCUACUUUUCUUACACAACCACAAGAUGUUAUCAAAACCAGAAUGCAGUUGAGAGCUUAUUCAAUUAACCGUUCACAACAGGACGCCUCAACCAUAGAAGUUAUUCAUACAAUCUAUCGAGAAGAUGGUAUUGUUGGAUUUUUUCGUGGAGCUUCUCCUCGUUUUCUUAAACGUUGCUUGGGUUCUGCUAUAACAUGGAUGAUAUAUGAGGAGUUUGUGGCUAUCUUUGAUAAACUAUUAAAUGAAAAAACUCAAAGACAGUCAUCUCAACAUGUUCGAGCAUGAUGAAUGAUACGUAUUUGAAAAAUAUUGGAAAAUGUUGGAUACUCCUUAUCUAAAAAAGAAAGGCUCGUUUGAAGGCUUUCCUAGUCACUAUUCUUUUGUUGAUAAUGGAAAUAUGCUUGCUCUUUAUAUAAUAUACAUAAUAUAACAAUAUGAGCCUCUUAAGAAAAUGAUAAUUUUAAAA